GUUCAUACGGAACGUUCAGUCGUGGUGCCGCGAGGCUCUGCAAUACAGUAUUACCGCUUUCCGCUCCGUUAUCUCUCACUCCUGAUUACCUAUCAGCACACAUUUAAAUACCGUUUAAUUGUCAAAACAUCGGUACUCGCCAUCACCCGACCUUCGGCCGAAAUCCGCGCUAGCAGGUACACCGGAACAGUUAUGUGCAUUUCAUAAGACGGCAUUAGAAAAUACUCGACUACGGGGAUAUUUUGUUAUGUUGUUAAAACAUCCGAGCGGUUAGGAAGAGGAGCUACGCAUACACUGCCGUGUGUAUUAUAUUAUACGUGUGUGUGUGUGUAUAUUUCGAUAUAUUUUUCGACGUGUGUUGCAUGCGAUAGAGGUUAAAGUAAUAUGCCGACAACGUGAUUGGUUUUUUUUAUUGUUAUUUUUUUCGGAUUCGAUAACUCAUGUGUGUUUUCUCGGUGUUUUUGUGAUUCGUAGUGGACUGUGAACAAUCAUGGAUAUUUUACCAAGCGUUGAUAUCUUCAGGGAAUUGGAAGAUAUCGACGAUACGGGAUAUUUCUCCGCUAGACCUUCGUUGGACAAUCAUUGGCAACAGACAUGUUACGAAAUGGAAAAGUACCUGAAGGACGAACCCAAAAUGAAAUCGUACAAAAAACUGCCCUCGGACGUCGAACGGACGUGGUAUGGGUACGAUUACAACGACAACCGUUUCGACGCUUUCAGUUCGGCCAGUUCACCCAUGUCCUGGGACGGUGCCCUAUCCUGCGCCAUAUUGGUAAAACAGGAACCCAUCGACGACGAGGACGACGAGGAUGAGGACGAAGACAGCGACGUGCAAUUGCGAUUGUCCUCGCGGAAUCCCGCCACCCUGACGCCACCGUCGAGUCCGGAAUCGGGCCAGGGCGGGCUGAGCAACGAAAGUUCGAGCGCGAGUGACUUGGACGUUUGCGGACUGCGCAUCUCGAACCGGAACACGAUCGUCCGCGUUCGAACGUCCGGUGUGACGCGCUACAUUUCGGUGGUGCCCUCUCGACCGCCGGCAGUUAGUAAUAGUAAUUCUAGUGCUAAUAUAACGACGUCGUCGGCGCCGCAAAAGCAUCAUUCCCGUUCGGACCAUUCGCCCGAUUCCAAGAGGCGGAUACACAAGUGCCAAUACCUCGGUUGUAAGAAGGUUUAUACGAAGAGUUCGCAUUUGAAGGCCCAUCAAAGAACUCAUACAGGCGAAAAACUGCCAUCGGACGUCGAACGGACGUGGUAUGGGUACGAUUACAACGACAACCGUUUCGACGCUCUCAGUUCGGCCAGCUCGCCCACCUCCUGGGACGGUGCCCUAUCCUGCGCCAUAUUGGUCGAACAAGAACCCAUCGACGACGAGGACGACGAGGAUGAGGACGAAGACAGCGACGUGCAAUUGCGGUUGUCAUCGCGGAACGCCGCCGCCCUGACGCCGCCGUCGAUUCCGGAAUCGGGCGCCCGCGUUCGAGCGGCCGGCGUGACGCGCUACAUUUCGGUGGUGCCCUCUCGACCGCCGGCAGUUAGUAAUAGUAAUUCUAGUGCUAAUAUAACGACGUCGUCGGCGCCGCAAAAGCAUCAUUCCCGUUCGGACCAUUCGCCCGAUUCCAAGAGGCGGAUACACAAGUGCCAAUACCUCGGUUGUAAGAAGGUUUAUACGAAGAGUUCGCAUUUGAAGGCCCAUCAAAGAACUCAUACAGGCGAAAAACCGUACAAAUGCUCGUGGGACGGUUGCGAGUGGAGGUUCGCGCGAUCCGACGAAUUGACUCGCCACUAUCGCAAACACACGGGAGCCAAACCGUUCAAGUGCCGCCACUGCGACCGAUGCUUCAGCCGCUCGGAUCAUCUGGCGCUCCACAUGAAGCGGCACACCUAGGCCUCGCCGCCCCCGCGUGUCCUAAAUUAGGCGGGGAACGCACCCCGUCGCAUCACUGCCAGUUACCUACAGAUAAUGAAAACGAUCCAUUAUGACUUCUGUAUACGGGUUACAAUGUACGGACUGUUGAGUGUGUGUAACAGCAAGGUUCGGAUGAAAAAAAAAAUUCGAAAACGGAAUGGUGCAAUAGUGUUAACAAUAUAUGAUGUCACAGUCGAAACGUUGAAGUUCUACUUCAGAACGCAUGCACACAUGACACACUGGAAGAGAAGCCGCAACGGAUCAUCGAGAGCUCUGGUGUGCAUCCUCUUUGUGACAAGUGCAUCGCGAUGUUACAGGAUUAUUCCAUCGUUAUUCAGAUGCAGUGCUUUAGGGAGAUUUAUCAUGGCGAAAGAACGAUUUUUUUUUGUUUUAUUCGGAACCGAAAACAAUCGAGCAUUUUUAAUUUUCUUUUUAAUUCUCAAGAAGCAUUCCAAUUCGAUUCGUAUUCCGAUAAAUUCGUAUUUUUACUUAAGUCUAGCAAUUAACGAUCCGUCAUCGAUUGAGAUUCUGAAUUUAUUUAUUUAAUUAAUUAUUUAUUAAAAAAAAGUAUUAUUUUAUAUUAAUAAUUAAUAAUAAGCGUUCGAAUUCCGCGUAUAUUUAGAUUUAUACAAUCAUCUCCCUUAAGCCUCAUCGACUACUUUAAAAUAAGCAUUUACGAUUUUUUAUUGCCCGUUAAUUUACAAAAGUGCUCUGUGACGUCAUCUAUACACUCCUGAUAGGCCCUCGCAUUAAAUUGAUACAGUGCUGUUAUUGUUCGAAAAAAAAAAUGACGGUUAACUUCCAAAACAAAGAGGGGACUGGUUCGAUUUUAAUAUAUUAAUGUAUAUAACUUGUGUGUUGCAAGUGCGAUAUGCGGGACAACCGGUAUACACGUUGGAAAAGGUUCAGAACGACGCAAUGUAAUCUACUCGAAGGAAUUUUUGUCUAUUUCUUUUUCGAAGGUAAAGGUAAAAGUAAAGGCGGAAGUGGAUUUAUCUAGACUGACGGAAUUUUAAGCUCAAGUACCGGAUUUAUCUAUCGUAUACAGGGUGGUCAGUACGAUUUUCUUUACGAGACAACAACUUGUUUACAUCUAAAUUGAAUUCAAAAGGCUGUGUUUUUUUUUCGUAACCUCCACAAAUAGGCCGUUGGUAUGAUUAUACGAAUCGCUCGAGAGGGUUUUAAGAGGAAUUGUUCGUCGGGCGCGAUAGUACUUGCCCUUGUUAAACGUUUUGGGAGCACUUAAGUGCAUUCCCUUGAUAUGCCCCGAUGCCAAUUACCUUGCCGUGGAGUCGAAAAGUGAUAACAGUUUCGGUAUUUUAGUGGCAAUAGAGGAAUUACCGAACAUCAUAGUCUAAUUAUUAGUAAUUACAGCGUGAUUUUACGAGUUUUCUGGUGUGAAUCAUGCUGGAAUUUUAAACGAAUGCAAUAUAUUCAAUUAUCUGAAUCAUUUUCUAAUUAUGUAAACUUGGUAAAGGUAUCGAUUAUAAAUUGUUUUACUCAUCUUCAAGUGCGUCGUUUCUUCAUAAAAAAAUAGUUAAAUAAAUGACUGUUUUCUAAAUUUAAAAUUUUUAGAUAAGAUUGUGGAGAUAGAAUAAUGUAGGAAAUUAUACAAUGUUAAAUGGAAAUAUUGUAGUUGAAAAUGUAUAAAAAUAGUGGAGAUUAUUUUUUAAUUUACGUGCACUUAGAGUCGAAAAAAUUUGUUAUUUAUAUAUUGAAUUUAAUGAAAAAUAUAGUUGAAAUUUAUUUAAAAUUAAAACGAUUUAUACGGAAUUGUGCACCAAAAAUUUUUAUACCUUUUUGUAGUUUUCUAAAUAAUAUACUAUAUCCCUAAAUAAAUGAAUAAAUCAAAACUAUGAAUAUAAUAUGUGUUCAAAAAUGAAUCUUAUUGCAAUUGAUUAAAUCAAAAAUAAGGUUCCUAGUCAUAUAUCUCCAUAAUAUACCGAUUGUCCCGCAUAUCGCACAUAUUGUUAACAAUUUAAAGAGUCAUUAAAUCGCAAAAAUAAGUGUAAUAAACCGGCGAAAAUUCCGAUUUUAGUUUUGUACGUUUUUGACAAAUUUUAAUUCUCUGAAUUAUCGCCGAUUGACAUUCGAAAGGACUACCCUAAACGAAAUUUUUGUUACUACAAAUUUAUUAAUAAUCGAUUAACGAGGAGGGAAAGAGACAUUUUUUUAGAUAGGAUUUUAAGGGAACGUAAUCUUUAUCAAUUCAAAACAGACAUGCCAAAGUAAAAUAUAAUUAAUAUUAAUGUUCUAGCAGUUUACUAUAACCUAUAUGAAUAGUUCGUAUGUUUUAAGUUUAGGUUGAAUGUACGAAAACUUUUAACUAUAAGAUGUGGUAAGAAAAAGUGAGUACAGCACAUCUCUUUUUUUAUUCUACUUAACUCUCAACUUUUCCCCUAUUUAUUUAAGUGCAAUAACGCUGCAAUUGUAUAAAGUUAUAAUGUUAUUAUCAUUGGUGAUACGGUCUUUAAGACUUGAGCUCAACAUUUUAGCGAUAUGUUGAUGUUUUCGCGUGCUGCCGUUCCAAAGUCGGUUCAAAGCGCCAUAAAAAUCCACUUAAAACGCGAAUUAUUACGCGCUCUUGGCAACAUCGCGAUUUUUGAAUCGACUCCGGAAAGACGAUAAAAUACUAGAAGAAAGCUUUAAUAGAACUAAACGAAAUUAUUUAUGCAACAAAUUCGCAAAGAUUUAUAUUUUAUUUAUACCUUACCGACAUUUUUCCUCUAGUCUAGUCACCAAGUCGAGUUAAUUGUCAUAUAGAGAAUAUUUUGCAUUUUUUCGGGAUGUGCUGUAUUGAACGAAAAUUAUUAAAAAAAAAAUAAACGAAAAUUUCUGCGCCAAAUUGCAGUUGACUUUUUUAUAUUUGUUUACAUUAUGCGGACAUCUCGAAUUUGGACGAGUUUUACACGGGAAAAAAGGCGUCUUCCAAAAUAAGAAAAAUAUUAUACAAUGGAAAAAAAUAUUUGUAAUAUUUACGAAUUAUGUACUGGGUGUUUAAAAUAAAAUGUGUAACUAUAAGCUUCCUGUAUUUAAAUGUUGUAAAAUAAUGUUUGUAUUUUUUACUCCCAAAUACCUAUAUAUGUGUAAAAAAUGAUGUAUACCGUGCGUCUCAUGUAUGUUUCAUUGCGACGAGACGUCCGGUACAAGUGAUAUUUUUCGUACAGGGUAAUCCAAGAAUGUUUGUAGCCACAGAAUUCGUUGUUCCGCAAAAUUUUGGAUGCUCUGUAUACAUUUUACUAUGUCACAAAUUAAUCUAAGACUAUUUAAACACGUGGUUUUUCCGUGAUCGUUCCGAAUUCGAAGAUAUUCGAGUCAUAUUUUGUGAAUUGAAUUUUUAGGUGAUACCAUUUUGUACAUAACGCUACAUUUUUAGUCUGAUAAAAACAAGAAAAAAAAAUUAUAAAAAAAUAACACUCGUUAUAGUUUCCAUUUUCUAUCGUUUACUUCUAUGUGUUUUUUCAGGGUUGGAUUUAGGAUAAUUCGUAAGAGGGGCGUAUGUUUCUUUUUUUUUUGUAAAUUCAUAAAUCGUUUGUAAUAUACGGGGUGAUUUUGAAUAAAUUUUUUUACGAGAAACUUCCUCUAUUACGGUGUCUUCGGCUUUUAUGAGCAUUCAAAGUCGCCUUGUUGUAUUUUUUAGGCAUGAUUCCUCGUGGGGGUGACGACCCCUAUCGACCCCUCUUAAGUUGCGCCUGUGUAUUUUGUAUGUAUUGUAUGCAUGUACAUGUAUGUCACAAAACAUGGCGUUUACGUGCAUUGGUUAAGUUACGAAUUAAUUAAUUAUACGUUGUUUAAAUUAAAUUCGAUGUUGAUGAAAUUGUUUCACGAAAAAGGUGCUAUCCGAGUAGUUAAAAAUUGUAGAUCUAAUUCAUUGGUAGUAAAAUUUGCCAGCAUUUUUUUAUUCAUCUAAUUCAAUGUUCGUGAAAAUUGAGAUGUUACUCAUUAAAAGCAAUUUUUAUUAAUUAAAUGUCCUUAAUAUUCGUAUGUAAUGUGCAUUUAAGUAACUGGAACCAAUGCAAAAAUUUAUAGUAAAUAAGUAGCUAAUAAUUCGGUAAAGUUAUUGAUGGAUUUUUUUUUAUAAUUUUAUUUUUACAUUUUUUCCAUGUUUUUCAUAUACAAGUAUAUCCAUAUUAUAUGUAUGUAUAAAUGUAUAUGCUCUAGUUGUUGCACAAAUAUUUUUAUUAACUCUUUAUUUUAAAUUUUAUUCAAAAUUUUCGUCUACCAGUCAAACUGUCGGCGAGAUUUCGUAUGCUAGCUUGUAUUACUGCUCAGUGCAAAAUAAACGUUAAAAUAAAUACUGUUAAAAUUAUUCGGAUUCGUUUCAUUUCGUUUCCUUACCUCGAAUUAUCGAACGGGAAAAAACCGCCGCUAAAGGGGACUCUAUUACAUCAGUACGUGUAGUAAUUAUUGAUUUUCGUAGUUCUUCCCGUAUUUACACUGUAAAUGUAUACAAUUCGCUACGAUGGGACGGAGGGUCGGAAAAUAUUUACACUUAUUGACAAGUUCUUCCACAUUUUCUGCUGGAAAAAUAGAAAAAAACAUAUUUCACGAUGCUGGUAAAUCAAUUUAACAAACGCCCCAACAUUUUAUACCAGGAUAGUAGGAGGAAUUCGAAAAUUGUCGUGCCUGCUUUAAUCGAAAAACCUUGUAUAUUUUACGUGUAAAAAGAUAAACCACUAAACCUAGGUUUACCCGGGCAAAGUGCGAAAUGCGGGUAGGAUAGGGUAGGUUUCUCGUGGCAUAAUGGGAACCCAAGAAACCCAAAAAAAUUAUCCCUAUCUUACCUUAGGUUACCCUACUGAUGUUUCUUGGGUAUUUCGCAUUUUUCCAGGGUAAACCUAGGUUUGGUCGUUUAUCUAACUUUACCCGUAACAUACAGGGUGUUAAUUAAUUGAUUGUCGAAACUUCAAGAUGUGAAUAUUAGGUUGAUUUUAAGAAGAAAAGUUUAUAUCAAUAUAUGUCCUAAACCUCUUAGUUUUC